AGUUAUUAUGUUGUAAACACAUGGGGAUACUAGAAAGUUUGUGCAUGUGAGGGAAUAAACAUGGCUCAAACACAAAACUGUACCAAAAAAGCAACCUCUUCUAAGGACUUGCUGACUUGUGGCAAUGGAAAAGGAAUCCACGAGAAACUGUUAUUGAACUCUAAAGGUGCUUCCCUGAAAACGGAAAGAGUUUCCAGAAGUAAUGUCUUGGACCGAUUGCAGAAUUUCCUUCCCCAAAUGGCUCAGGCUAACGAGUCUUUAAGGCAGCAGAUGGAAGAAGCUCCCGCGGGUUUCUUUAACAUCGAGACGGUGGAGGACGCAGAGAAAGUCAUUGAGAUGGACGUGGCUCUGGUUGAGCUGGAGGAAUCAGACAGCAGUGAAGAGGAUGAAGAGUCAUCAUCAAGUUCUGAGGAAGACAGUUCAGAGGAAGAGCUGCAAACGGUCACAGCAAAGACACUCAAACUUCCAGGUGACCGAAAGAGAAAGGCCAACAUACAGAUGCUGGAGAAAGAGGCAGAAUGAACGUUCUGCCUAUUGGCAUUAAUCUGAGAGACUUUUGCGGCCAUUUCUGUGCUUGUGGUUGAAAUAUAGAAGCAAUCCAGGAUUGCUUUUGUUUGGAAAGAGCACAGACUGGUGAUUGUAAGCUGGUGGAGUCAAGCAAGGAACAUUUCAUGGGUCUGUGGAGAUGUUUUAGUCUAAAUGAGGAUUACAGUAAAAGCAGUGUUUCUCAACCAUGUUCCUGGAGGACCACCAAGAUUGCAUAUUUUGGAUGUCUCCUACCCAUUACAGGUCUUUCAGUUUCUGCUAAUGAGCUGAUGAUCUGAAUCAGGUGUGUUUGGAUAAGGAGACAUGGAGAAUGUUCAGAGCUGGUGGUCCUCCUCCAACGUGGUUGAGAAACACUGAGUUAAAUGAUCGUUCAACCGAGAAAAAAAAAAAAUGUAUGUUUGCUGUUAAUCUAUGAUCAGACUAUCCAAGGUGUUUUUUUUUCUUAAGUAUUGCAUUAAACAAGCUUUUUUAUUUUUUGGCAGUGAAAUAAUCAUUCUGUGAUUUAUUAGUGUUGUAACACAAGUCUAACAUUAUUGCUGCACUAUUAUUUCUGUGCCUAGCACUAUAUGCUGAGGCUGUGGAUUAAAGAUAAUCAUUUAUAUUAGUGCUGGGCAAAAAUGAAUCGCAUUCAAAAUAAAAGUUUUUUUUGACAGAA